CAAACACAAACCAAUCAGUUUAGUUCAACCACAGAAACAGAACCUACAACGACAGCUCAAUCAACAUUUACAGUUAGCUCCCCUACGAGCAUCUCCACAUUGGAAUCAUCUACACUUGAAAAUGGUUCAACACUGGAAACUUCAUUGUCCACAAUAGGUACCUCUCCAUCCUUAAUGUCUACCACAACAGAAGGACAAAGUACAUCAGAAGUGAUUUCAUCAACAGCAGAAAUACCUACUUAUAGCGUAGAACUAACAACAAGCCAACAAACACAAACCACUCAAUUUAGUUCAACCACAGAAUCAGAACCUACAACAACAGCUCAAUCAACAUUUACAGUUAGCUCCCCUACGGGCAUCUCCACAUUGGAAUCAUCUACACUUGAAAAUGGUUCAACACUGGAAACUUCAUUGUCAACAAUAGGUACCUUUCCAUCCUUAAUGUCUACCACAACAGAAGGACAAAGUACAUCAGAAGUGAUUUCAUCAACAGCAGAAAUACCGACUUUCAGUGUAGAGCAAACAACAAGCCAGCAAACACAAACCACUCACUUCAGUUCUACCACAGAAACUGAACCUACAAUGGCAGCUCAAAAAACAUUUACAACAGUUAUUACCCAUAUGAGCACAUCCACAUUAGAAUCAUCUACACUUGAGAAUGGUUCAACACUGAAAGCUACAUUUUCCACUACAGGUACCUCUCCAUCCUUAUCGUCUACUACAACAGACGGACAAAGUACAACAGAAUUCACUUCAUCUACAACAGAAAUAUUGUCAUCUAAUGUAGAACGAACAAGUCAUUUAACACAAAUCACUCAGUUUCCUUCUACCACAGGAUCAGAAUCUACAACGACAGCUCAAACAACAUUUACAAUAGCUAUAUCCCCCACUAGCAUUUCCACAUUAGAAUCAUCUACAAUUGAAAGUGGUACCACAGUGGAAACUACAUUAUACUCAACAGAUGCAUAUCCGUCUUCAAUGUUUUCUACAACAGAAGGACAAACUGCAUCAGAAUUCACUUCAGCAACAACAGAAAUAUCGUCAUCCAAUGCAGAGCAAACAACGAGCCAUCAGACACAAACAACUCAGUUUAGUUCCACCACAGAAACUGAACCUACAACAGCUCAAACAGCAUUUACAACAGCAAUUACCCCUAUGAGCACAGCAACAUUAGAAUCAUCUACACUUGAAAGUGUUUCAACACUUGAAACUAUAAUAUCCACAAGUAGUUUUUUAGCUUCAUCAUCACCAUUAUCUACGACAGAAGGACAAACCACACUGGAAACUACAUUAUCCACAAUAAGUACAACUCCAUCUUCACUAUUUACUACAACAGAAGGACAAACAGCCCAAACAUUUAGCAUUUCUACAUCAUCCCAGUUAAGCCCUUCUGCUGAAACUAGUACCCAGAAAAGUUCAUCAACUUUAACAGAACCUCAUUCAUCUGCAACAACUCUCAAUUCAGUUUCAACAACUCAAAACUGCCUGGAGAAUUGUCAGUGUAAUGGGUCUCCAUGCAUCUUCAAUGUAACGUCUGGGAAAUGUCAGUGUCAGUGCAAUCCUUUAACUUUUGGAGAGUAUUGCAAUUUUGCAUAUGACUUUUCCACAGUUCUUUGGUCUGAAAGCACACCCACAAGAAAUGCCAGCAUCUCUCUCAGAAUUAUGAUGGACUAUCUUACGGAGUAUGAAAAUAUGAACUCACCAGAAUCAAAAAAACUAAUUUCCACCUUGAAACGUGAGCUUUCAACCCUUUGUAAAAGAGCAGAUGCACAAAAUUUCAAAGAUGUGCACAUACGUAGGCUAAUGCAAGGAAGUGUGAUUGCUGAAAUUACUGCAGUAUAUAACUAUCCCAACAACAACUCACAAAUAAUUUCUCUAAAUAACGAUUUGGGACCCACCCUGGAAAAAAUCUUUAAUGACGCAGAUUCAUUUCAAAAUCUAAGCAUAGCUCUUAAUGCUUCCAUCCAAGUUGACCAAAUGACCAUGGAGCCAGUUAAAAUAUCAAAUAUUUCAGAUCUGCAGCCAUUUGUGAAAUGCACACUGAAUUUUGCAAACUUAACAGAAGAGAUCAAAGAUGGAGCAUGGGUAUGUGUGGGAUCAUGCAAAAAAAUUCCCAAAUUCUGCAAUCAACGAGGUGUAUGCCUUAAUGAAAUAAAUGGACCACAGUGCAGGUGUUACAGUUCUCCCUUUGAGAAGUACUAUGGAGAUCAUUGUGAGCUUUACAGCAGAGGGGCCGGUUUCUACGCUGUCCUCUUUGGCUGUUUAGCAGCUUUUGCUCUACUUAUCAUUGUCUUUGGUGUGAUGAUUCUGGUGCUCUACAGAGCCAAGAGAACUUCAACCAAAAGGAGAUUAUCACUUUUUGACGAUGACUUCUUUGAUUUCACAUCAAGAGGAUCCAUAGAAAGUGGUUAUGGGAUUCAAAAUUUGUCAGUCACAGAAGAUUCAGCAUUCAGCAGAUUCAGCUCAUACCUUGAAAAUACACCUGUGCGAUAAAGACCAGAGCAACUGAGUUGGUGGAUGUCUGAUGAGCAGAAAUGACAGAUAUUAUUUAAAAUAUAUAUUUUUUAAAGAAUUCAGAUAUUAUAAUUUUAGGAAACCAACAUAACUGUGCAUGCAUUUACUGGGUUGGUAUCAUAUUAUUUAGAGUUGUAAAAUGAUUGUCAAGAAUCUCAGUUCAUAAUAUUUACAUUGCUAAGAACAAUGUAUAAAGAAGGCCUCUGUAAAACUCUUUAAACUCAAAAGCACUUAUCUAUGAUGCCAAGCACUCCACAGCAUAUGCUGUAAUAAACCAAUUAAAUAUAUGAGGGUAGUUAAAAUAUGCUCCAUUGCAUUACACCCGCACACCUGGAAUGAUGCCACCGACACAAUCAUUAAAAAAAAUGUCUAUUUUUGCACCCUAUUGGACACAUACCUUAUAUUUUGAUCAUUUCUGUGAUGCUUCAAUAGAGGGCACGUUUUUUUAAUCGUUUAUGGUUUGUCAUUUAAAAGCAGAUUUUCACCCUCUCUUCGUCCAUAGUUGAUAAUUAAUAUACAUUAGAAGCUGUACUUCGGACCAACAGCUGACAGUGUAGGCGGGGCUUCCUGCUAGACGCCACAUAAAUCAGUCAGUUAUGUUGAUGGUUUUUAUGUUUGUUUUUGUUGGCACUGUACAUUUACUGAGCACGUUAUUUAUUUUUCUUUUUUUUUAUGAUAGCAUACUUGUGUUUAUACUGAAAGCACAAUAAUAU